AUGAUAAGCAACUUUACGGGGAGAUUACUUCUGCCAAAAUUUAGAAAUAAAUUGUGCGCAUUUUUCUCCAAAGAGUCAACGUCUUCAAAUUCUUUAGCAAAGAGUAAAACGAAUUCUGAACUUGAGGGUUACACAGGAAAAUCGAAUUUAUUGGAAAAGAAGAAAGUAGGCGUUUUCGGAACAAGCACCGUCCCGAUUAAUACUAAUUUUCCGAAUCCAAAGGGUGUUAUUGGAUACGAUCCUGAUUUUUCUGUAAAAGAACUAGUAGCUGAACUUCCGAAUACGAGAAAAACGCAAGGAGCGAAGCUUGCGGAGGAAAUAAAAGAUGCGUUCAGUAACAUCUCAAUUGAAAAGCCUGAACUUUUAGAAGAUAUCGGAUUUGUGAGACAUAAUGAGGCUCGCGUCGAGUACAAAUUUGACACAUCAGAAAAGCUGGACCUUUGGAAAAUCGGUUGCGACAGUGACUGGAAAGAAGGUUUCUCAACGUGUUCUUUAGUGAAUUCCGAUCGUGGAACUGCAGUAUUCAGUGGAAAUAUUUCAACGAGGGUGCUGAAAGAUGGAAGAGUAGAAAGAGCAGGCUGGGCAUCCAUGAAAUUGGAAGAUAGAAAAACAUUCAAUCGCAAGAAGUUCUUGUCCAAGUGGCGCAAUUUUUCGCACUUGCUUCUGAAGGUCCGUGGAGACGGUCGCAGUUAUAAAAUAAUGCUUCAUUCGCCUCUUUCGAUGGAUUUCACAUGGGGUGACUCGUUCUCCCAUCCACUACACACACACGGUGGUCCUUAUUGGCAAUACGAAAAAAUUCCAUUCUCGAAAUUCUUCCAUACGGUUGCUGGACGCAUUCAGGAUAGGCAGUAUCGUGUCAAUUUGGAAGAUACAAGCUCUAUUGGAAUUGUGCUCAUGGAUCGGAUCGACGGAGACUUCAAGCUGGAAAUCGAUUACAUUGGAGUAUACAAUGACACGACCCACGUGGAAGAUUUCGCAUAUGAGACCUACACUUUGCCGGUUUUCAACACACACGGUUUCUAA